GCUCAGCAUGCGGCAAACACCAUGACAAGCCUCUUACGCGCUUUGCUGGAGCUACAGAAACGCGAUUUGAAAUGGUUUCCAGUCUCCAAACCUGAGGUGAUGUCCCAGCUGGAACCAGGGGAAGAGCUGUGGGUCUCAGAUCUCCAGGGCUUGGGGGAAAAAGAGAUCCUGACAGGAACCUGCACAGGUGAUCGGAUGGUGAGUGAGAACAAAGAGCAGAAUCCACAGCAGGAAGAUGAGGAGCACAUUGAACUGCACAGGGUAUUAUCACAAGGAAUUAAACGAAACGUGUCCCAACCAGGGGAGAAAGUGAGUAAAUCCAUCAGUUGUGAGGAAAAUCACAAGGACCUCAAGGAAACCACAGCCCAGCAGGGAAUCCUUAUGGGAGAGAGAAAAAGCAUAUGCCCUGAGUGUGGUAAAACCUUCCCUCGACGCUCACACCUUAUUUUACAUCAGAAAAUCCACACAAGAGAGACAGCCUAUGAAUGCCGUGAGUGCGGGAAAACCUUCACUCGGCGCUCAGACCUUAUCAGACCUCAGAGAACCCACACAAGCCCUAACCCCUAUGAAUGCUGCCAGUGUGGGAAAAUCUUCCCUUGGCACUCACAGCUUAUUGUACAUCAAAGAAUCCACACAGGAGAGAGACCCUAUGUGUGCUGUGAGUGCGGGAAAGCCUUCACGCGACGCUCACAUCUUAUUAGACAUCAGAGAACCCACACUCAAGAGCGACCCUUUGAAUGCUGUGAAUGCGGGAAAACCUUCUCUCAGAGCUCAGCCCUGAUUAGACAUCAGAGAACCCAUGUUUGUGAGAGGCCCUAGGAAUGCUGUAUUUAGCCAGCACACUGUGAAGGAACUAUUCGAGUUGAAUGGCCCAUCAAAGAACAGUGAGCUCACAGUGGACCAUGGAAAACGCCUGUCCAUGCCUGAUGGAUUUUCCUUGAACGUUCUAACUGAAGUAUGGGUAAUGGCCUCUGCUAUGACUAAGCGAAGCAGGCAUUGAUAUGUGAUUUGCCCAUGUGACUCCAAACCCUACUUGUUACCUGUAAUUUUCCACAAACUAGAACAAUGGGUUUCCCCUCACUUGGCAGAAGCUAUAAAAGGCCCUGGAAACAUUUUCAUUUUGCCUCUCCUGCUCAAACUUCUGGAAUAUGGACUUACACUAA